UCGCUUUUCGAACCGCCAAGCAAAAAGUCGUGCCAGCGGAUAGGCGCUUUUUGGACCGGUUAACGAGGUCGACGUGUUGAGCCAACGCGAAUUGUUAACUGGCAAAAUCCCCGAGUUAUUCCAGUGUUGAGGCAUACACAGCAAGCUUUUGAAAAUCAAGCCAUAAAUGAUAAAAAUCGGCAACGUUGACUUAAAAUGACAGUGAAACGCAAAAUCCAAAGUGCAAUAGAAUUUCGCGAAUGCGAAAAGUCUCGGCGGUCCUUUUAACUGAACCCACUAAUUAAAUCGUGUCGUGUCGCAACAGAUAAGAUCUGGAAAUUGAGUGAAAGGUGUAGCCGUAUAUUUGCAACGCGUUUCAAGCGAUUCGCGGAGCCAUGUUAGGAUGGCAGACUCCGGCAAACACGCGAGUGGUGGUCACAACGUAGCGAGGAACGCCCAAAAUGGGCGCAAUGGACACGGACACGGACACAGUCAAGGACGACAGCUGCAGUUCCUGGACAAUCCGCCCGCCCGCGAAGCCGCCUUCAAUGUGCGCAGCCUAUGGCCUAGCAUACAAUCCGGUGUCCGCCGCCUGAGGAGCCAGGUGCUCCGGCGGACAGCCACCACGGGUCCAGCGAUGGCUCCGUCCGGUGGAGCGGACUUACCUCCCUCGGACAACGACCAUGCCGCGCCAUCCAGGAGCGGAGCCGGGAUCACGGAAACGGACGGCAGUAAUCCGCAUCGAAGGCUGGGCGAAUCGUCGGUGGUGGGCAGUGUGCAGUCACUGAAAAAUUUCCUUAAAAGAACACGCCCAGGCCGGAAAAAACGAAAAGAUGACGAGGACUUCACCUCGUCCGCUGGGUACGAUGCAGAUGAUGGGGAGAGGCGUGUCAUAAACCUAAAUGGGCCACAGCCCACUAAAUACUGUAAUAAUCGCAUAACGACGGCAAAAUAUAGUUUCAUCAGCUUUCUGCCCGCGUUCCUCUUCGAGCAGUUCCGACGGUAUUCCAACUGCUUUUUCCUGCUAAUUGCCAUACUGCAACAAAUCCCGGAGGUGUCGCCCACGGGUCGUUACACCACGCUGGUGCCACUGAUGUUCAUCCUCUCGGUGAGCGCCAUCAAGGAGAUAAUCGAGGAUAUUAAACGACAUCGGGCGGAUAAUGAGAUCAAUCACCGAUUGAUAGAGCGCCUGGAUAGUGGCUCCUGGAACACUGUUCGCUGGUCGGAGCUGACGGUGGGCGAUAUCAUCAAAGUGGGAAUCAACACCUUCUUCCCCGCCGAUCUGAUUCUUCUGUCGUCCAGUGAACCGCAGGGCAUGUGCUUCAUAGAGACGGCCAAUCUGGAUGGCGAGACGAACCUGAAGAUCCGACAGGCCCUCCCGGCCACCGCUGAACUGCUGGAGACGAAGGAUCUGCAGCGAUUGCAGGGCAGGAUCGAGUGCGAGCUGCCCAAUCGGCAUUUAUACGAGUUUAACGGGGUGCUCAGGGAGACUGGGAAGCCACCCGCUGCUUUGGGCAAUGAUCAGGUGCUCCAACGCGGCGCCAUUCUGCGGAACACGGCGUGGGUGUUCGGGAUCGUGGUCUACUCCGGGCAAGAGACGAAGCUGAUGAUGAACUCUACCUCGGCGCCACUGAAGCGCUCCACCGUAGACAAGCUGACCAACACCCAGAUCCUCAUGCUCUUCAUGAUCCUCAUCUCAUUGUGCAUUGUCAGCGGCCUGUGCAAUCUCUUCUGGACUAGGGAGCACUCGGAAACGGACUGGUAUCUGGGCCUAACCGACUUCAAGACCAAGAGCCUCGGCUACAACCUGCUGACCUUCUUCAUCCUGUACAACAACCUGAUCCCCAUCUCGCUGCAGGUGACGCUUGAGCUGGUGCGUUUCCUGCAGGCCAUUUUCAUCAACUACGACAUUGAGAUGUACCACGAGGAGUCCAACACGCCGGCCAUGGCCCGCACCUCGAAUCUGAACGAGGAGCUGGGCAUGGUCAAGUAUAUAUUCUCGGACAAGACGGGCACCCUCACGCAGAACGUGAUGGAGUUUAAGAAAUGCUCCAUCGCCGGUUACGUAUACACAGCCGAGCGAACGCCGGAGGAAUCUCAGCUGGUGCAGAAUAUCCUCGGUCGCCAUGAGACGUCCGCCGUGAUCGAGGAGUUCCUGGAGCUGCUGUCGGUCUGCCAUACGGUAAUCCCCGAGCGCAGGGAAAACGGCGAAAUGAUCUACCACGCUGCCAGUCCGGAUGAGCGGGCGCUGGUGGAAGGUGCCCAGAAAUUUGGCUACAUCUUCGACACACGUACGCCGAAGUAUGUGGAGAUCAAUGCACUCGGCGUGCGAAAGCGAUACGAGGUGCUCAAUGUCCUGGAGUUCACCUCGACGCGUAAGCGUAUGUCGUUGAUAGUUCGCACGCCGGAAAACAAGAUCAAGCUAUUCUGCAAGGGAGCGGACACGGUUAUAUACGAGCGACUGGCUCCGCAGGGUCAAGCCUUCCGGGAACAGACGCUGCGUCAUCUUGAGGAGUUUGCUUCGGACGGAUUGAGGACCCUCUGCUUGGCAGUUAGUGAUAUAAGGCCGGAUGUCUACCAAGAGUGGAGCCAGACAUUCGACAAGGCGUCGGUGGCUCUUCAGAAUCGUGAGAGCAAGCUAGAGGACGCGGCCAAUCUGAUUGAGAACAAUCUUCGUCUCCUGGGCGCCACAGCAAUCGAAGAUAGACUUCAGGAUGGUGUACCGGAAACCAUUGCCGCUUUGCUGGACGCCGGCAUCUAUAUCUGGGUUCUUACCGGCGACAAGCAGGAGACGGCCAUCAACAUUGGCUACUCCUGCCGUCUGAUUAGCCACUCCAUGGACAUCAUCAUCCUCAACGAGGAGAGCCUUGAUGCCACCCGCGAAGUCAUCCAUCGCCACUAUGAUGAGUUCAAGAGUUCGUCGGCGAAGGACGUCAAUGUGGCACUUGUCAUCGAUGGCACCACGCUGAAGUACGCCCUUAGCUGUGACCUGCGCAAUGAUUUCCAAGACUUGUGUCUUCUGUGUCGGGUGGUCAUCUGCUGCAGAGUGUCCCCCAUGCAAAAGGCUGAGGUGGUCGAGAUGGUUACCCAGAGCACGAAUGCAGUGACCCUAGCCAUUGGCGAUGGAGCCAACGACGUGGCUAUGAUCCAGAAGGCGAACGUUGGAAUCGGAAUAUCUGGAGUUGAGGGACUCCAGGCGGCGUGCGCAUCGGACUACUCGAUCGCCCAGUUUCGCUACUUGCAGCGCCUACUCUUGGUCCACGGUGCUUGGAACUACGCUAGGAUCUCCAAGCUGAUCCUGUACAGCUUCUACAAGAACGUGUGUCUGUAUGUAAUUGAGCUGUGGUUCGCCGUCUACUCCGGCUGGUCGGGCCAGAUCCUGUUUGAACGCUGGACAAUUGGCCUGUACAACGUGGUCUUCACGGCCAUGCCGCCGUUUGCGAUGGGACUCUUCGAGAAAUUCUGCACGGCGGAAACGAUGUUGCGGUAUCCGAUGCUUUACAAAACAUCGCAGAAUGCGAAGCUCUUCAAUGUGAAGGUGUUUUGGAUCUGGAUAUUCAAUGCGCUACUGCACUCGGUGUUCCUCUUCUGGUUACCACUGGCAGCGUACACCAAGGAGGUGAUCUGGAGCGAUGGCAAGACCAGUGAUUACCUUUUGAUGGGCAACUUAGUUUACACUUACGUGAUUGUAACCGUUUGCCUAAAGGCUGGACUCAUCACCAAUUCGUGGACCUGGCUCACACAUCUGGCCAUUUGGGGCUCCAUUGUCCUGUGGUUCAGUUUCGUGCUGAUUUAUAGCCAUGUGUGGCCAACGUUCAAGUUUGCCAGCAACUUCCGCGGCAUGGACAUUCAGCUGCUGUCGACGCCAGUGUUCUAUUUCUGCUUGUUGUUGGUGCCCAUUACCACGCUGCUGAUCGAUGUGAUCUGCAAACUCAUACACAAUACCGUGUUCAAGACACUUACGGAGGCUGUUCGCGAGACGGAGAUCCGACGCAGCGACAUCUCCGAAGUGAUGAACGAGCCGCGAUCUUCAUUCACGGAAACGGCCCGCCUGCUACGUAAUGUCUUUACCCGUCGUGCCAACACGAGAGUCGAAACGGAUCUCGAGCUAUCGCAUGGCUAUGCGUUUUCCCAGGAGGAGGGCGGAGCUGUGCCGCAGUCUAUCAUCAUACGUGCUUAUGACACGAAUCUGCCAAAGCCCGAGGGAAACUAAGCCGGAAGCGCUGGGACCAUGGAUCUCACGGUGCACAUGUAUAUAGGAGAACGCCAGGAGCCAGGAGCAGCUAUACAUACUUUAUACUUCGAUUCAGAUUGAUACACACAUACUUAGAGCACACUUCUGGUAGGCCAAACUAAAAAACCCACAUACCCACAUACACAUCACAUUUAUUCUCUACAUGUCUUACACCAGCAGUAAUUGGAAAACAUUUCGUAGAAGCCACUAAGCAGUGAAUAUGGCGCUUAUAAGUUUAUCUGUCUUUGCUGUUAUUUAUUUUUUAAGAUCGCGAGGAAAAACAUAUUGAAGAGGCUAGAGUUCGGUCCUUUGUAUCUGUCCUUGUCCGCGGCGCAGCUUUGUGAUACGGAUACAGACUUGCAUUCUUUUUUAAAAGUCUAUCUCUAAGUAAACUAAACAUUUGUACCUACAUAUGCAUUACAUUAUUGUGAAAUUCAACAAACAUAUUGAUGUCAGCAAAGAUUCUGUAUUUUUCGGUCGCCGAACCGCUGAUAUUUAAUGGAAAUAAAUCAUAUUUCUCUAACGUG